CAAACACACUUAAAACCCUUUCCAUACGUUCAAGUUUCAACCUAGUUAUUUUUAUAUUAUAAUGGCAACUGCUAAGCCUUUGCUUGCUUCACUUGUCAUCUCUCUUCUUCUUCUUCUUCAUCUUGUGGAAGCUGAUAACAUGGUGAUAACAGAUGCAGCACUUGGCUCUCCCUCUCCGCAAAUCGACUGUGGUGGAGCAUGCAGCGCCAGGUGCCGUUUAUCCUCCAGGCCACGACGGUGCAAGAGAGCUUGCGGAACCUGUUGUGCACGUUGCUACUGUGUUCCUCCAGGAACUGCUGGUAACUACGAAGUCUGCCCCUGCUACGCCAGUUUAACCACCCACGGCGGCUGACGCAAGUGCCCUUGAAACAGCCCACCUUUUCUAAUUUUUCCCUCCUGCAUGCCACUGCUGGUUGCAUGAAGUAGAUAUCUAUCAUUAUCAAUAAAAAAAUGAAGCCGUUGUUAAUCACGGUUGUAAAGAUCUAUGUUGCUGUUGUUGAGUAAAAAAUAACAAUGAAGGUUUGUAAGCUUUUUCUUGUAUUACUUUCAGAGAAGAAACAUUUGAAUCACAAGGA